AUGCCGCCAAAGGAGUCUACAAGCGUACCGAUCGCGCCGCCGCCACAGUCGGCGGCGGAGGCCUGGGACAAACACAUCGAUGCCGUUCUUGCUGAGCUGCGCCGGCUUUACUUUGAGCGUAUCAGGCCGGUAGAGACAAAGUUCCAAUACGACGUGUAUCGCCCCUCUUGGUUCUCAGAGACCAUGGUUCAGAAAAAACCCUUUAUCACCUUCUUAGGACCCUUCUCUGCCGGUAAGUCUACUUUCAUCAACUACCUGAUGCAAAGUAAUUAUCUGCUGACCGGACCGCAGCCAGUGACGGACAAGUUCACCGUCAUCAUGUACGGCGAGGAAAUCCAGCAGAUCCCUGGGCGCGUGCUGAUAGCCGACAGCUCGCAGCCGUUCCGUGGCCUCAACCAGUUUGGCGAGGCCUUCGCAGAGGUCUUUCAAGGACUCCUUGCGCCGCACCCCAUCCUGCAGUCCGUCUCGCUCAUCGACACACCCGGCGUGCUUGAGGCGGCAGGUGAUAUGCACUCGCGCCGGUACGACUACGUUAAGGUGUGUCGGUGGUUUGUGGAGAAGAGCGAUCUUGUAUUUUUCCUUUUUGACCCAACGAAGCUUGACUCGGGCACAGAGCUGCGCAUGAUCUUUAAGCAUGCGUUGCGCGGCCAGGAGAGCAAAAUACGUAUUGUGCUCAACAAGGCGGAUACAGUAGGGCCACAGGAGUUGAUGCGCGUGUACGGUGCCCUCUUCUGGAAUUUGUCGAGUCUCAUAAACACGACGGAGCCGCCACGCGUGUACGUGUCGAGUUUCUGGGACCAGCCUUACCGCAAAGGCACCGACCACGCACUCUUCACCGACGAGAAGUCAGAUCUUAUCUAUGAUCUCACCGAAAUGGUUCCACUGCAGUCGUUGGAUCAGCGGGUCACCUCCGUGCUGCAAAGGGCCACACACGUUAUUAUUUUUGCGUUAGUCUGUGCCACAUACAAGUCACGGAUGCCGAGAUUGUUUGGAAAAGAUAAGGCCCGUGCGGAAUUUUAUGCCCAAUUGCCGCAAAUAUGUGAAGAUCUUGCAAACAAGUACCGCUUUAGCGCGGCUGACUUUCCUUCUCGCGAGGAAAUGUCGGCAUUCCUUUCGAGAGUCCCAACUGACGAGUUUUACGACAUGGACCGUCUGCAGAAAAAGGGAUGGAUCGAUUCAGUUAAGCAGACGAUCGAAAAAGACCUCCCCAUGCUGCUCCGGCCGAUUAAACAGUCUGCAGUGGUAGACCCACGAGACCGCAAACAUGCCAUUAUGCUGCAGCGAGAAUAUACGAAGCAAAUGUCAGAUCAGCUUUCAGGCCAACGUGGUAUUCAGGGUGGACUAGGGCAGCAGCAGACUCCAGCUCACCGUGCUCAAAUGAUGCAAAAUGCAGGCUUUUUGAAUGACACACUAAAUUGUUCACCGCAGCAGCCCCCAACAGAAAUGCCAAUGCAACAUCAGUACAGCAGCAAUGGUCAGAAUGACCAGAUGGCAAUGAUGAUGCAAAUGAUGCAAGGAAUGAUGUUGCGGCAGCAACAACAACAACAGCCACUGCAACUCCAACAGACCCCCACGUCGCAAACCUCACCAGAGCAGAUGGCAAUGAUGAUGCAGCUGAUGCAACAAAUGCAAGCUGGUCAAAGGUAG